AUGGUUGUCCUGAAAACAAUUUGGCUAAGGUCUCGAUUCUUAAAAUAUUCCUACUCCCAUUCCCUGGAAGAGGUGUACAGCGAUGGCUCUUCGUCGGAAGACGAAGAUGAAGCCGAGGAGGACCAAUUCCUUAACCUUCUCGAGAGCCGCGACCUGCAAAAAUUUGUCGACGAGUCGCUGGACGACGGGCAACACUCGCACAGUGAGGAGGAAGACGCGGCCGCCGAGAAGGACCUGCCCGCCGAGUACAGCCGUCAAAAGCCCGCCGAACUGUUCGAGAACUACUCGAGUACCUUUUCGGAGUUCCGCGAUGGUGCCGUGGAGACGGAGGGCGAGGACCUGAGUUUUGGACAUCGGGAGGCGAUCAAAACGGAAGUGCGGAGCACUCGUUCGAUCAUCCGCUUUGUGAAAAUCGCCUACCCAGAAUUUUGCGGUCCGGAUGUGGCGUUGGACAUGCAGCCGCUGCAAGCCAGCUCGUCGGCUUUGCGCUCAAUCGUGACGCAGAAUCGAGCGAGCAGCGACUUUUCGCGGCGGGUCGUCUACUGUAUUGAUGAGCUGAGCGAUGUCCAUUCGGGAGCCGACCGGCCCGCCGAGCAGUUGAUGAACAUCGACGAGCAGCGGAUUGGCCGGCCCAGCCCGUCGAUCAGCAACUUGAUGUUCGAGAGCCGAUUUGAAAGCGGAAAUUUGCGAAUGGCCACCCUGGUCGGCCCCAACCACUACGAGUUGAUCCUGUCGCCGGACAUCAACCAGACGCGCGACCACUUCCAGUGGUUCUACUUUGAGAUCUCGAACAACCGCGCCAACGUCCCCUACACGUUUGAGAUCAUCAACAACCUCAAGACAACGAGCAUGUUUGGGAAAGGGAUGCAGCCGGUGAUGUUCUCCGUGACCGAGGCGACGAGCGGGCGGCCGGGUUGGGUCCGGGCCGGGCAACAAGUUCACUACUAUCGAAAUCUCUACACAAUCGGCAACGAUGACGACGAGAAUGCGAAUGAGAAGCCGAGGGCUCUCUACACUACCCGCUUUUCCGUGUCGUUUCGCCAUGCCGCCGACGUUGUAUACAUCGCCUACCACUUCCCGUACACGUACUCGUAUAUGAAGACCGUCCUCCACCGCCAUCUGAUCCGGCCUCGCCCGUCCACCUCGAUCCGGGCCGACGUCAUCGGGCAUUCUCUGGCCGGAAAUCCGAUUCAUGUCGUCACCGUCACCGCGCCGGGCACCGUCGAGCAGCUCGAAAAACGCGAGAUCAUCUUCAUCAGCUCGCGGGUCCACCCAGGCGAGAGCAACUCCUCGUGGAUGAUGCAUGGUGUUCUGACCGCCCUCGGCAACCUGGACUCGCAAGACCUGCUGUCGCGCUUCAUUUUCAAGCUCAUCCCGAUGCUUAACCCGGAUGGGAUAGCGCCCGGGUUCUCGCUGAAGGGCUGCAAGUACGCCAUCCAAAAAGACAAGGAACCCUCGGCCAGGGUUGCUCUGUGGCGCCAAUUCGGCCUGCCGCGCGUCUACACGAUGGAGAGCACCUACUGCGGCUUUGACACCGGCAAAUAUCGCGGUCAACAGAUUGGCGUCUACGAGCUGAAGGAGAUGGGCGCGAAGCUGGUCUCCGCUUUCCCGCGCCUCCAGAAAGCGCUCGCCAGGGCCUGCAGCGAGGGCAAGGAGAACGAGAAUUCGUUCGCCCAGAUCAAGAGUCGAUAUCGGGAUAUUCAAGAUGAACUGGGGCGGCUGUCGGAGCAAUUGAAGCCGAUUGAGCAGCAGCAGUUUCAGCUGGAGAUUCAUGACCUGCUUGUGCAGUCUUUCCUAAAAGACUCGUUUUCCGAGGAGAAGAAACGAGCCUCUGAUACGGGCGAAAAUUUGGCGGUUCCGGAAGAUCCGGCCGCGACGGGAGAUCCGAACAAUAACGAAGAAACUCCAAAAGUUGCCGCUCCAGAACAGCCACGGCUCCCGUUGUCGCUGAACGCGAGUAUCCUGCUCCUUUUCUGUACCCUAGGCGGAUUCUUGUACGUGGCAGCUGGUGGCAACAAGACAUUCCUCGAGGCCUUUUUCGUCACCUUCAAUCUUGUCGCGAAUUUGACGAUGGGGGAAAUGCCGACGGAUCUCAAUCAUGCGCUCACGCUCAUUUACAUAUUUCUCUUUGUCACUUUUGGAGUUGCCGUACUCUCGAUGUGCGCCGAGUUAGCCGCCCUUGAGCUGAAGGACCUAUUCCUAAAGAUCCACUACUUUGGGCGUCGAAUCAUCAAGCGUAAGAAGCGUCCCGAGCAGAUAGAGGUCGAGGUGAAGGAACUGCUGAAGAUUAUCGUCGAGAUACGCCAGAAAUAUCCGGAGAAACAGCAUAUUACAACGUUGGAUAUAUUGCAGUACAUGAACGAGCGGUCGCUGAACACCUCGACCCCGUUGGUGGACCGCCGGGAUACCAUCGCUUUUAUGCCGCAGACUGUCGAGACCCUAAAAUUUGCCGACGAAGGCGACCAAGAAGAACGAUCCCUCAGCCGAGUCGAAGAGCUGCCGUUGUUGGAUAAG